AUCAAGAUGACAGCGGACAUUCUGAAAUUCGCAGAUAAAGAUGGCGAGUUUAGACGCCAGGUUAGUGCAUUCAGAGAUGAAAUAAAAAGCGGCACAAAAUUCGAACCAGAGUUUAAUCGUUACCAUUUAGUAGUAUGCUACGCAUGUCCAUGGGCACACAGAGCACUCAUAGUACGCGCACUCAAAGGAUUAGAGGACUUCUUGCCUUUAUCAGUUGUUCAUCCUUACAUUAGCGAGGACGGGUGGACAUUUGAUAAGAACUUUGAGGGUGCAACUGGAUGUCAAAUUGAUGGUGUGGAUGCAACGCUUCUUCGCGAUUUGUACUUCACUGCUGACAAAAACUACAAUGCUAGGUACACAGUGCCAAUUAUCUGGGACAACAAACUCAAAACUAUCGUGUCUAACGAGUCAAGUGAAAUUAUUCGCUUCCUUAACAACUUGAAACUGGAUGCCGGUGGUGACAUCUAUCCUGAGCACCUGAGAGGUGAAAUUGACGAACUGAAUGAUUGGGUAUACAAUACAGUGAACAAUGGUGUUUAUAAGAGCGGGUUUGCGUCGACACAACAAGCUUAUGAGAACCACGUAAAGCCACUCUUCGAGUCAUUGGAUAGGUUAGAAAAGAUACUCUCCGAUGGAAGGGAUUUCCUUGUUGGUGGCCAACUCACAGAGGCUGAUGUUAGGCUUUACACUACUAUUGUUCGCUUCGAUCCUGUCUAUUACAGCCACUUUAAGUGUAACUUGGCCAUGAUCAGAUACAAUUACCCUAACAUCAAUCGCUGGAUGAAGAAUCUUUAUUGGAAUAACGAUGCAUUCAAGUCGACAACCAAUUUUGACCACAUCAAAUAUCACUACUAUCACUCACAACGCAGUGUCAAUGCCAGUGGAGUUGUUCCUCUUGGUCCCGUUCCAAAUAUCGAACCACUUUAGUUAUCUAAAUACAUGUAUCAAUAUACAGUCUACUCC